CUCCAGCAAUCCAAAAUUUCCACCAUCAAAAAACAAAAGCCCAAAGCAGCAGCUGUCAGCGUCAUGCUCACAGUUUCAAUUCUCAAUACAUGAGAUUCCUUUUGAGGAGCCAUCUCCUCCCUCCCUUUCCCUUCAAUUUUUAAUUUCCUCUCACCAUUGUCAUCACAAAUUAACUAAUUGCGGUUACUACUCCGACAAUAAAUAUCCUCGGAAGGGGAGAAGUUCUCAUCAUCAUCAUCAUCUGAGUUCAAAAAAGAUGAGGACGGACUUCGCUUCUUGCUUCAGCGAUCACGCCGUCAAGGUCUCAGAUUCCUCAUGCACCAGGCCCUCCGUCAUCCCCGCCGCCGCCGUCGUCAAUUUCUCCGUCCAAACCGCCGUCACCUCCGUCUAUCGAUCCAUUCUCUCCUCCAAAAGGAACCACCUCAUCAAAGUCACGUGGUCCAAGACAGAGCUGGGCCCCACUCUCUCCAUGGCCGUCGAUGACUCCAUUAACCCUCAACUCUUGAAGAAGACGAAGGGCACUCGAUCCUUGGUUCUCGGCUCUUCCAUUAUCAGCGUCCAUUGGGAUUACUCCAUGGCCAAAUUCAACAAUUUGGGUCCUGAUCCCAUCUCUGACUUCUACAUUAUCGUCAUCGUCGACACUGAGGUCGCCCUUAUGCUUGGAGAUAUGAGCAGAGACUACAUCAAAACGUUUCAAAACUCAAUUCAAAUCGCACAAUUCCUUUUAGUGAGUCGAUUGGAGAAAAUCAUAGGCCAUAACAUUUAUUCGACGAAAGCUCAGUUUAGUGAAGAAGGGAAGGAGCAUGACAUUGUUAUUAGUUGCAAUGGGGAUUUAGAGAUGACUGUGAGUAUUGAUAACAAGAGGGUUGUUCAUGUGAGGAGGCUACAGUGGAAUUUUAGAGGGAAUCAUACUAUUUUUGUUGAUGGAUUGCCGAUUGAUUUGAUGUGGGAUUUGAAAAAUUUUAAUCGUUCAAAGGGUUAUGCAGUUUUUAUGUUCAGAAAGCGGAGAUCUUUGGAGAGCAGGCUUUGGUUUGAGGAGGAGAUCCAAAAUAGUGAGAAGGGGGUCUUUGAUUUUUCUCUCUUGAUUCAAGCUUUCAAGUCCUUGACGAAAUGAUACAGGUUUUAAUUUGCUAACUCUUUGAUUGAUUUUACUGACACACCUCUAUUUUAGGUCUCUCCUCUUAGUUGAUGAUGUUUUUUGUUGGAGAAGUGUGAAAGGAGGGAUUUCUCAAUAUGAUUGUUCAGGAUAGAGAUAUGUGAAUAAUGUAUUAGAGUUGAAACUUGUUGAUUUUGAGUUGAAGAAUUGUAAAUUGUAGGUCUGAUAUGAAAAAUCUGAUUGCAUUUUCCCUGUC